UUUUUCUGUAAUCGAAAACCACCCAAUUCUUCAAUUCGAAAAAAAAACCCACCCAAUUCUGAGAUAAGGACGCAAGUCACGCAACAUCCCCAAUUUUAUUGCAAUGGAAAAAGCAAACUGAAAAGAUUAACCGCUAUUCGGUCUGCGAAGGCAAAACUCGAAGAUAUCAAAGGCGGCCACGUGUUCUCGCGAGACUCGAUACUGGACACCGCCCAACUCCAAUCUACUGUAGCGGGAGGAGUAAAAUGGGCAAUACUACGGUUUCCCACCACCGAUCUGCUGGCCGGUUGAGCAGAGAGAUUCAUCAGCACGUCCGAUCUACCCUUUCAUUAGGAGUAUCUCAUUUCCUCACCCUCUCUCUAUCCUUAUUAUUCUUGUAGUAGUAAUUUCUAUGUGGUGCACAAACUCCUUCUCUUGGAGUAAUUGUAGAGAGGAGUCUAGUCUCUGGCUCUGCUGUGGUACUCCAGUAAAAGCAUUACUGUUUACUAGUAUCCCCAGUUCCCUCUCUAUCCGAGUAUCCAAACUAAUGAUGGCGGGUUGCGCACCCCAGCUGCGCGCUUUUCGACCUUCCAGCAGUCGGAAUAUCAGUAAUUGCUCUGAGGGGGUCCCUUCCCAUCCCUACCCACAACUCCGCCGUAUCAUCAAUUUGAACUUUUCGUUCGUCGGCCCCUCCUCAGGACUCUCAUCUCUCCAUCACCGACUCAAACCCAUUCCUGCUCUGGACUCGGAGGCUGAGGGCGUCCCCCCUGAGUACCCCAUUCACCACGACCAGAAACGAGAUGUCAUGUUCCAGAGUGACGGAAGGAAGAGCUUUGAGCAAUGGGAUUCAUUGACGGCCAAGUUCGCGGGAGCUGCAAAUAUACCAUUUUUGGUGCUUCAACUGCCCCAGAUACUACUCAAUGCUCGUAACCUUUUGGCCGGGAAUAAGAAUGCACUGUUGGCUGUUCCAUGGCUGGGGAUGUUCACUGGAUUGCUAGGGAAUCUGUCUUUGCUGUCCUACUUCGCGAAGAAGAGGGAGACAGAGGUGGUGGUGGUGCAGACACUAGGAGUGAUAUCCAUUUAUGUUGUCAUCGCCCAACUGGCCAUGGCCGAAGCUAUGCCUCUCCCCCAGUUUAUUGUCACUUCUAUUGUGGUUGCCUCCGGUCUGGUUUUAAAUUUCAUGAAUUACUUUGACUUACUCAGUGCUGGAAUCUGGUGCUUUUGGGAAGAUUUCAUUACGGUUGCUGGGCUCUCUGUUCUUCCCCAAGUCAUGUGGUCGACUUUUGUUCCAUACAUUCCAGACAGUAUUUUGCCAGGGGCCGUGGCUUUUGUUAUAGCUGUGGUGGGAGUGGUGAUGGCGCGAAUAGGCAAACUUUCCGAGAAGGGUAUGAAAUUUUUUGGAGCAAUAUCUGGAUGGACUGCAACUUUUCUCUUCAUGUGGAUGCCAGUUGCACAAACCUGGACUAAUUUCCUGAAUCCUAAUAACAUCAAGGGUUUGUCAGCUUUCUCGAUGUUGCUUGCUAUGAUUGGAAAUGGGCUAAUGAUCCCACGUGCUCUCUUUAUCCGGGAUUUCAUGUGGUUCACUGGUUCAACUUGGGCAGCUGUUUUUUAUGGCUGGGGGAACCUUAUAUACAUGUAUUGUUUGAACAGUAUUAGCAAGGAAUUCUUCUUGGCAGCAACAGCUGGCUUGUACAUUUGGAUAGGAUUUGCUCUUUGGAGAGACACGAAGGUGUACGGAUACAGUUCACCUCUGACAUCUAUAAAGGAGUUGAUUUUUGGUGUUUAAUGUCAACCCCUGUUGCUUGUUAUGCUAUUUGCUUAGCCGACAGAUAAUGCUCAAGGCUCGCCGUUGUGUAUCUUUUCAUCUUUCCUUGUGCUGCCACAUCCUGAGAUGUCUAAACUGUCACUUGGGGUAGUUAAUUGUUAUUGAAAGGUAACAAUGACAGAAUUCAGUUGCUGUCACUUUGGA